AUGCCUGUAAAAGAAGGCCUUACAAGUGACUCUCUGCUAGUUCACUAUGACGUCACUAGAGAGCUUAGGCUGGCCUGUGAUGCCUCCAGUUAUGGGCUCGGAGCUGUCAUUAGUCAUGUGAUGGAUGACGGCAGAGAAAAGCCCAUUGCUUAUGCCUCAAGAACUUUAACGUCUAGUGAAAGGAAUUACGCCCAGAUUGAGCGUGAGGCACUGUCGAUCAUCUAUGGGGUAAAGAAGUUUCGUCAGUUCUUAUAUGGGUGGAAGUUUACUUUGGUCACCGAUCACAAACCUCUGCUGUCAAUUCUCGGACCAAAGUCGGCUAUUCCCACAUUAGCUGCAGCCCGGAUGCAGCGAUGGGCCCUAGUUUUGUCAGCAUAUGACUAUGAGAUUGUAUUCAAACGAUCUGAAGAUCAUGCCAACUGUGAUGUAUUGUCACGACUGCCACGCAAAGGCUCUGAUCUAGCUGGUGAAGCUUCAAUUUAUCGUGUAAGUGCUGUUGAUGAUGAUUUUCCCAUCUUAGCCAAAGACAUUGCGAGAGAAACCCAACAUGAUCCAGCAAUGAGCAAGGUCCUUCAUUUUGUUAUGUCUGGAUGGCCAGACAGAUGUGAGGAUGAAACACUAAAACCUUAUCACAAUCGUAGGCUAGAGUUGUCCUGUGAGCAAAGCUGUAUUCUUUGGGGUUCAAGAGUAAUCAUCCCACCUUCUCUAAGAGUCAAAAUGUUGAAGGAGUUGCACUGGGAACACCCUGGCAUGUGCGGGAUGAAGGCAAUUGCACGCUCAUGUGUGUGGUGGCCCAAAAUGGAUGAGGAAAUAGAGGAUGUAGUGAGGUCUUGUACAGUGUGUCAGAGCACUAGGAGUUCUCCACCAUGUGCACCUUUAAUUCCAUGGAACUGGCCAAGUAAACCAUUCCAGAGAAUUCAUGUCGAUUUCUGUCAAAAAGAAGCUGAUUACUUCCUAGUAGUUGUUGAUAGCCACUCCAAGUGGAUAGAGGUCAAACAUAUGACCUCAACCACGGCUGAUAAAACAAUUGAUGAGUUACGGUUGAUCUUUGCAGAGCAUGGUUUACCAGAAGAGCUAGUCUCUGACAAUGGUCCACAAUUUGUGUCCCAUGAGUUUUCUGAAUUUAUGCGUAAAAAUGGAAUAAAGCACACUUUGGUCCCUCCCUAUCAUCCACCAUCCAAUGGGGCAGCUGAGAGGUCUGUGAGAGUGUUGAAAGAAGCAUUGAUAAAGCAAGUAUUGGAGGGAACUAAGGGAAUAUCCAUGAAGCAUAGAUUGGCAAAUUUUUUGUUUAGGUAUCGCACAACCCCUCACAGCACCACUGGUGUGACCCCAGCAGAACUCAGGGUAAAGCGUAAAUUAAGAACAAGGCUAAAUUUAGUUAAACCUGAUCUAGAACAAGCUGUUCAACACAAGCAAACUAAGCAAGCAGUUUAUAAGGAUCCUAAAGUUGAUGCAGAGAGAUUUUUCCAAGUAUAUGAUAGAGUGCGUGUACGAAACACCAGACCAAAAUCUCAGGUUGAUAGGUGGGUUCCAGGGACACUUAUUAAACUCUGUGGUCCCAGAACAUAUAUUGUUAAAACAGGAUAUCGGAAUCGUUAUGUUCACACUGAUCACAUGGUAAGGGCUUGUGACAAUGCACCUGAUAAGGUUGAGGAGGCUGAAGUUAUGGUUCCUGAGUCAUAUGAACCGCCUGAGCAAGAUGUAAAGGAAAAUCCUGCCAAAACCUCGGAAUUGUCACCGAUACUAAAUAACUCAAAUUCAGUUGUGCCGAUGGCACCUAUUUGUUUAGGUCAUGAGGCCUCCGCCUCUCCAUGUGUUUUGAGGAGAUCCGAGAGAAUUAAAAAAACUGUUGAUAAACUUAACCUUUGA